AUGGGAGUGAUGUUUUCAAGUCAAUCCGACAAGACCAAAAGGACAAAAGGUCAGAAAUUCUCCGAAAAAAAGAUUUCUCUCAAACCAUUAUACAAUAAUGAAGCGCCAGAGACAAAUCAAUCUACCUGUGUCAAUUUCAACUUUGUUCUGAAGGACAUAGCAGAAAUACCAAGCUUCAUUUGGCACAUGACAGAGGUUCAAAAACUAAAUCUAUCACAGAACAAGCUAGUCAGACUUCCUCCAGCGCUGGGAAAGCUCGAACAAAUAGUGGUGUUAAACUUAUGUGGCAAUAACAUUGUUUACCUACCUAGAGAAAUUGGACUCUUGAAGAACCUCAAGGUCUUAUUUGUUAAUUCAAAUUACUUGUGUGAUGUCCCAGAGGAGCUGAGUUCAUGCAGAAAGCUGGAAGUUCUUAGUUUGUCACAUAAUUGCAUUUCAGGACUACCCUGGUCCUACUGUGACUUAACUAACCUUAGAAAAUUAAAUCUGAGUAAUAACUGGAUAGUGAACAUCCCUGCAUGUAUAUUUCAAAUGAAUAAUCUGGAUUUUCUGCAUUUGGGAUCCAACAAGAUUGAAACUAUUGCGGACAGCAUUAAACAUUUGGAAUGUUUGAAGAUAUUCAUUGUUGAGAAUAACAAUAUACGUGUGUUACCUAAAUCCAUUUGCUCAUUGACUUCUCUUGAGCUACUGAACGCUGACUUUAAUUCCAUACAGACGCUUCCAGACGAUCUGUUUAUGUUAAGAAAGUUGACAAGAAUUGCAUGGAAUCCAGUGGACAAAGGUUUUCAUAUUAUCAAUAAUCCCUUAAGUAACCCGCUAUCUGAGAUUGCAGAAAGUGGGCUAGGUAUGUUAUUUAACUACCUAAAAGAUAACAAAUAGGAUGGCAUGAUUAAUAGAUUUUCUGAGAUCUAUGGUUUAUUUCCAAAUUACUAAAAUUGGUUAUGUUACAUGGAUUUGCAUGGUACAAGCCUUUAGGACUAUUUCAAUUUUAUCUUCUGUUUCUUGGAUAUAAUUUCAAGAAUGUACUUUCUAUAUGUACUGUAUUUGGAAAUGCUCUGAAAAAUACCCUCAAACAAAGGUCUGACGAUAAGACUAAGAUUCAGAUCCUUAGUCUGAUGAUGCA